AUGGAAACCACAGAAGAGUGGACCUAUAACCAUCGAGAUGCCAUUGAACACAUCUUCCAAGAUGCAAGAAAUAAAUUACAACAUGCCGCUACAAGACGAGCCAUACGUCACAAUGUCAAGUGGAGCAACACCCUGCUGAACGGAUUCAAAUGCCUGUACAGCCGGAACCUCCUGCACUGGAACAUCAUCCUGUUGAAAGGACUCAAAUACUUGGGAAGCCUGGACCUCCUGCUAUGGUGUCAAAAGCUGCCACUCCUCUAG